GCAAAUCCACUGACACUCUCUUGAUCAGCUUUGUCUGACCUGUCAUUCUCUCUCUCUUUUUGAUACAUCUGAUAUUAGUCUGUCGAUCAGACUAGUCUGCAUUCCUUUUAGUCCUCUCUCUUUUGGACUUUACCCAACUACUUCGUUCUUCUGAACAAUCACAACUUGUCAAUCUUUGACAACAAAACAAAAAUCUCAUCUUUUCAGAGUCAAUCUCUUUUCUUCCACUACAACCAUCAAAAUGUUCUUCAAGACCAUCCUCACUGCCGCUCUGGCCACCGCUGCCACGGCUCUUCCCCACUCCUUCAGCAACAACAUGGUUCGUCGCAACGGUACCUCUUCUGGCUCCGGCGGCGUCUCCAUCUCCAACAACAUGAGCAACACUACCGUCUACGCGUGGUCUGUUUCUGAUAGAGUCAGUAACAUGCAUACCCUUUCUGCGGGCGGUGGUAGCUACUCCGAGUCCUGGCAAUCCAACGACAACGGUGGUGGUAUCUCCAUCAAGCUGUCCACCACUGAGAGCCAGUCCGAUGUCCUCCAGUUCGAGUACACUAAGAAUGGUGACACCAUCUACUGGGACAUGUCCUGCAUCAACCUCGGCAGUGACUCUGCUUUCACCAAGUACGGUUUCUCCGUCACUCCUUCCGAGGAGGGUGACAACUGCCCUUCUGUCAACUGCGAGGCUGGUGACACUGAGUGCGCUGAGGCCUACAACCAGCCCGAUGACAACGAGGCCACCCACGGCUGCCCCAUUGACACUCAGUUCACUCUUACUCUGGGUUAAACUAAUCCCUCCAAAUCAAUCAAUCAAUUGGGAUUUGGAAAAGAGAUGGAUGGAAUGGAGUUUUUCUUUUUUGGAAUAUACCAUGGGUCGGAUGGGUUUUGGUUUUGAAAGUUCUCAUGUAUAGAUUGACUUGAUCUGCCUCCUGGAUGAGUUGCGCACAAGACAAAGCAGAACAAACACAACACUCUCUUUCGUGAAUCACACCUACACCUUCUGGGUGGAUUUCGCUUGCUGUGCUAUGCGGUUAUGUAUGUAGUGAUUUGAGAUCACAUGAAUUACGCCUAUAGACUUGCUUUUGAUAGAAGAAAAAAAAAUAUCUUACAAAAUACCUUCU